AUGAGUGAUAAAGAGCCAUUAUUAAAAAAACAUAACAAAUUACUUGAUGACAAUGAUAGUGACAAUGAAAACAAAAGUUUUUCGGAGUGGCGUCGAUAUUUCAAUCAGCAAAAGACUGAUGCUAAGAAUAAAAAGUUAAACGAUGAGAUCAACCAAACUACUAAAGAUAUUCCAGUCGGUGUUUUACAAUUGUUUCGAUUUGCUGAUCGUAUUGAUAUUCUUCUUUUAAUUCUUGGUCUGUGUUUCAUGUUGGCGCAUGUAGUUGGUACUCUCGCGAAUGUAAUUCUUUUUGGUCGGAUCACGGGAUUAUUUGCUACUACAUCAUUUGCUGUUGAUUGCAAUAAUCAAUAUCAAAAUUUAGCAUCUACAAUUAUCAAUAAUACUAUAUGUCCUCUUGGUAUUGAUCUUAAUCCAUUAAAUUAUGAUCGAUUAAAUAAACUAUGCCAUUAUGAUAAUAAAAUUAUUUCAUCCACAUUAUCUCCAUUAACACCUUUAUUUCAUGACAAUGUUAUGCAUCUUGUUUAUUGGUUCUUUGGUUUCAGUCUUUUUACAUUUCUAAGUGCUGUUCUUGAAUAUAUCUGUUGGACAGUUGCUACGGAACGGCAGACAUCUCGUAUGAGUGUUUUACUGUUUCAAUCACUUCUUCAACGUGUCAUCACUAGAGAAACAGAAGCGCAAUUAAGUACAUAUUCAAAAGCUGGAGAAAUUGCUCAAGAAGUAUUUAGUUCAUUAAGAACUGUUCUUUCAUUCAAUGGAAGCAAAUGGCAACAAAAACAAUAUGAAAAAGAACUAAAAUUGAAUGAAUGGUAUACUGUUCGCAAAGAUGCUGCAUUUGGUACUUUUUUUGGUUGGUUAUUUUUUAUAAGCUUUGCAGUUUAUUCAAUCGGUUUCACUUUUGGUUUCAUUCUUAUGUCUCAUGGAAAUCCUCGUACACUGACCAUUAGUGAAAUUCUUAUUGUUGUAAAUAUGUUUGCACGAGCUUUAAGUUAUCUUAAUUUAAUUGGACCUUUCUUUCAAUCAAUGUCGGAAGCUCAAGCUGCAGCAGUAUCCGUAUUUCGACUUAUUGAUGAGGCACAUGAUGAAAAUAUCAACGAAAGAGAAAUAUUGCAAGAGAACAUAUCUGGUGAAAGAUCUAUUUCUAAUAUUAAUGGUGAUAUUGAAUUUGACAAUGUUAGUUUUAGUUAUCCAUCGAGAGAAAAUGCAACAGCUUUGAACAAUCUUAAAUUGAUUGCUCGUGCUAAUCAAACAACUGCUCUUGUAGGUUCAAGUGGUUGUGGAAAAAGUACAUGUGUAUCACUUUUGCUUCGCUAUUAUGAACCUUCUUCAGGCAGAAUUAUGAUUGAUGGUCAAUCAAUUACAAAUCAUAAAAUCAAACAAUUUCGUCAAAAUAUUGGAGUUGUUAGUCAAGAACCUAUUCUAUUUGGAAUGAGUAUUUAUGAAAAUAUUCGUUUUGGUAAAAUGAAUGCAACACGUGCAGAGAUUGAACAUGCAGCAGAACAAGCUAAUGCACAUAAAUUCAUUAUGAAAUUACCUAAUAAAUAUGAAACACUUGUUGGUGAACGUGGCAUACAAUUGAGUGGUGGGGAAAAACAACGUAUUGCAUUAGCUCGUGCACUUGUCAAACAACCCAGUAUUCUUUUGUUAGAUGAAGCAACAAGUGCACUUGAUAAUGUUAGUGAAAAAAUUGUUCAAGAAGCACUUGAUCGAGCAUGCAAAAAUCGUACAACUAUUGUUAUUGCUCAUCGUUUGACUACAAUUCAAAAUGCUGAUUAUAUUUAUGUACUAGAUAAAGGAAAUGUAAUUGAAGAAGGUACACAUGAAACAUUAUUGGCAAAAGAAGGAGGUAAAUAUCAAACAAUGGUCAAAAUGCAACAAGCUGAAAAAACGAUUGGUAAACAAGAUGGCUUAAUGAAUAUGGCAAAAGCAAUAGCUGAAGAUGAAGAACAACUAUUGGAACGUGUCCGUCAAUUGAGUGAGAGUGAAACAAUUGAUACAAAUCGAAGAGCUUCGACGUCAGCAAGAGAAAAAUCUGUUUUUCUUAGACUCAUGAAGAUGAACAGUCCUGAAUGGGUAUUUAUCUUGAUUGGUUGUUUAGCAUGCCUACUUGGUGGAUUACGUGGGCCAGUGUUCUCGAUUCUAUUCGCAAAAAUAAUUAAUGAAUUUAAUGAUUGUAAAUACACUGAUGUACGUCGUCGAGUAUUGAUUACAUGCUGUUUAUUUCUUAUUACUGGCGCUGUUUUUAUGAUUCUUCAUUUUUUUCAAUUUGCGGCUUUUGGAGUCGCAGGAGCGAAAUUAGUUAGUCGCAUUCGUUCAAAAGCUUUUGCAUGUUUUCUUCGUCAAGAAGUCGCUUAUUUUGAUCGACCUGAAAACAGUUCUGGUGCUAUAUGUACUCACCUCUCCUCUAAUGCAGCUGCUAUUGAAGACAUGGCUGGUUCAAGAUUAGGUGUUAUUUGUCAAGCUUUUUCCAUGUCUGCUUUUGGCUUCUUACUUGGCCUUUAUUACAACUGGCAAUUAACAAUAAUCAUAGUUAUUCCUUUCGUUAUCAUGAUAAUCGUUACUACUAUUCAAAUACGGUUGAGUUCAUGGUUAAAAAUACAAUCUGAUCUCAUUUACUCUCAAGCAAGCACGCUUGCUGUUGAAGUUAUAACUAAUAUGCGUACAGUAAAACAGUUAUCAAUGGAAAAUGAAGUUUUACAACAAUAUUCAAAUAUGAUUGACCAAGUAUUAAGAUUGUCUUGGAAACCUGAAGUAGUGUUUGCAAUAGCAAUUGCAUUGUACUGGGCAAUGAAUCCAUUGGCUUUGGGACUUUUGUAUUGGCGUGCUUUGAUUCUUGUUGAAAACAAUGAAUUAGAUAUGAGCGAUAUUGUUAUGGUUUCUGCAUUUGGAAUGUUUGCAUUAGACUCAUUAAGGGCUGUUGGAUUGUUAGGAAGACGUAUUGGUGCAUCAUUUGCUGCUGCUUACGCAUUUUUUGAUCUAUUUGAUCGAACACCAACUAUUGAUAAUGGAUCGAAUAAAGGACAACAAUUAACUAACUUUAGUGGAGAAACAGACUUUAAUCAAGUUAAAUUUGUUUAUCCAAGUCGUCCAACAGUUCUUGUUCUUAAUAAACUUCAAUUAUCUAUUAAAUCAGGUCAACGUAUAGCUCUUGUUGGUUCAUCCGGAUGUGGAAAAUCAACAAUCGUUCAGUUACUAGAACGAUUUUAUGAUGUUACACAUGGGGAAUUGCUUCUUGAUGGUGUUGAUAUUCGAAAAUUAAAUCUUCAAUGGCUUCGUUCUCGUUUGGGUGUUGUUAGUCAAGAACCAGUUUUAUUUGAUUUAACAAUUGCUGAAAAUAUAUCAUAUGGAUUAGAAAAUAUACCAAUGGAUGAGAUUGUUCUUGCUGCAACUAAAGCUAAUAUUCAUGAAUUUAUUCUACAAUUACCUCAAGGUUAUGAGACAAAAGUUGGAGUAAAAGGUAGUUUUUUAUCAGGUGGUGAAAAACAACGUAUUGCUAUUGCUCGAGUUCUUAUUCGUCGACCUAAAAUACUGUUAUUAGAUGAAGCGACAAGUGCUAUGGAUCCAUAUAAUGAACAAAUAGUACAAGUAACUCUUGAACAAGCUCAAACAGAAGAUCCUAGUCGAACAUCACUUAUUAUUGCACAUCGUCUUUCAACAAUACGUUCAUGUGAUUUAAUAUAUGUACUUGAAAUGGGUCGUAUAGUUGAAAGUGGAACUCAUACAGAACUAGUACAAAAAGGUGGAAUUUACUAUACAAUGUUAAAUACUCAAAACAACGGACACUAA